GAUGAAAUUCGUAUAAAUAGAGAUGUCUAUAGGUGAAUAACACAAACACAUCUUGUUCUUUUUGAAGAUAAACGGAAAAAAAAAAUGGUUAUACACAAAUCAAUUACCCCAAUCGCUCUGAUGUUACUAUUACUACUAGCGAUCCAUGCACAUAUUCAAGUCGUUGGUUCAACCACUGUAACCUCUGUCUCACUAGCCAAUCUGAAACAUGAAACGUCUUCUGAGAUCAAUUUUCCAGUUUGGCGUCGGGAGCUUCGCGGUGGCGGAGGAGGAGGCCGUGGUGGCGGUGGAGGUCAUGGUGGAGGAGGUGGUGAGGAUUUUGGUAACGGAUGUAGAAGCGAUGUUCUACAAAGUUUCUUGUUCAUGGUUUUUAUAAGUUAUUGGCUUUUAGUGUAAUAUAACUGAAUAUUGUAUAUAGAUUUUGAUUAUGUUUUCAGUGUUACUGUUUGAUUUGCUGUAAUAU